AUGCCAAGCAGAUCUGUAUCAGGAGAUGGAAACCACACCUCUGUGGCCCUGUUCGUCCUCCUGGGGCUCUUUGACCAAGCAGAACUGCAGCCCAUCCUUUUUCCCGUCUUCCUAGGGACCUACCUCAUGACUCUGAUUUGGAACCUGGGCCUCAUGAUCCUCAUCAGGAUGGACUCUCACCUGCAAACACCUAUGUAUUUUUUGCUCAGUUUCUUGGCACGUAUAGAUAUCUGCUAUUCUUCUUCCAUGAGACCGAGGAUGCUUUCAGACUUCUUAAGAGCUAAGAAAACGAUUUCCUUCAUUGCUUGUGCCACUCAGUAUUUUUUAUUGGCCUGGAUGGGUAUGUCUGAGUGCUGCCUGCUGGCUGCCAUGGCCUGUGACAGAUAUGUGGCCAUUGGUAGCCUUCUGCAGUACUCAGCCAUCAUGACCCCAAGCCUUUGCUGGAGGAUGGUUGCUGGUGUCUACGGGAGUGGUUUCCUUAGCAGCUUUGUUCAAACAGUCGUUUGUUUUAAUCUCUACUACUGUGGUCCAAAUGUCAUCCACCAUUUCUUCUGUGACAUGCCUCAGAUCAUUACCUUGUCUUGCUCUGACCCCUUCAUCAGUCAGUUGGAUCUUUUCCUGGCAGCUGUUUUUGUUGGGUUUGGCUCUUUUCUUGUUAUUCUCUUGUCCUAUGUCUUUUCUAUCCUGAAAAUCGCCUCAUUCAAAGGCUGCAUCAAGGCCUUCAAGACCUGUGGCUCCCGCCUGGCGACAGUGCCUCUCUUCCAUGGCACCGUCCUCUCUGUGUACAUGCACCACAGUUCUCAGCUCUCCACCAGACAGGACAAGGUGCUGUCUGUGGUCUAUGCCAUCCUCAUCCCCAGGUUAAACCCUCUGGUCUACAGUUUGAGGAAGACAGAGAUCAAGGGAUGA